UGGCCGGAUCCGCUAGUUGACAGACGGGACUUUCUCGUUGGGUUUUGAACUUUUGAAAGCGGCCGUUUGUGAGGUUUGGUGAAGUUGAGCAUACUGUUGACAGCGGGGCAUUGUUUUCAAGAUGGCAUCUCAAAAUGAUGAUCCUAUGGCUGAUGGAGAGCAUGCUAAAAGCAGCGACGAGCAGCGGAGGGUAGACCCCGGGAGCCACUCUGUUGCAAAGAGGCUGCAACAGGAGCUGAUGACACUUAUGAUGGGGGAUGACAAAAGUAUCUCUGCAUUCCCUGAUGGUGACAACCUCUUCCGAUGGAUCGGCACAAUACAUGGACCACAAGGGACAGUCUAUGAGAACUUGGUGUAUCGGCUCAGGCUGGAGUUCCCUAGUUGCUACCCCUAUGAAAGCCCACUAGUAACUUUUGAAACCCCUUGCUUUCACCCAAAUGUGGAUGCUCAGGGGAACAUAUGCCUUGACAUCCUCAGAGAAAAAUGGACAGCUUUGCUAGAUGUUCGCACUGUGCUACUCUCUAUUCAGUCUUUGCUAGCAGAACCCAACGUGUCAAGCCCCCUGAAUGGCUAUGCUGCAGAGCUGUGGAGUAAUCAGGUCUUGUACAAGAAAGUGCUUCUGGAAAAGUAUGCAAAGAAAAACAAGAAGCCAGAAUCUUAGAGUGCCAGAAGCUGUCACCUCACUGGAGUUAUCUGGCGAAGUGCUUUUUAAGUGGGUUUUAUGGGCUGGGGGACCAAGGUGCAAAGUGUGCACUAUAUUUAGAUUCAUGCAAGAGCAGCAGUUGUAAGUUAUUUGAUUGCGUUUUGGAUGUACACAAGUCUGUGCUGUUUUGUUGCCAGCAGAUGCUACUUCUUCAAGUGAAAGAAGUCAUGAGUAGCUGGCGAAGUGCUUCUUAAGUGGGUUUUAUGGGCUGGGGGACCAAGGUGCAAAGUGUGCACUAUUUUUAGAUUCAUGUAAGAGCAGCAGUCGUAAGUAAUUUGAGUGUGUUUUGAAUGCACACAAGUCUGUGCUGAAUUGAUUGCGUUUUGGAUGUACACAAGUCUGUGCUGUUUUGUUGCCAGCAGAUGCUACUUUUUCAGGUGAAAGAAGUCAUGAGUAGCUGGCAAAGUGCUUCUUAAGUGGGUUUUAUGGGCUGGGGGACCAAGGUGCAAAGUGUGCACUAUUUUUAGAUUCAUGUAAGAGCAGCAGUUGUAAUUUGAGUGUGUUUUGAAUGCACACAAGUCCGUGCUGUUUUGUUGCCAGCAGAUGCACCUUUUCAUGUGAAAGAAGUCAUGAGUAGCUAGCGAAGUGCUUUUUAAGUGGGUUUUAUGGGCGGGGGGACCAAGGUGCAAAGUGUGGACUAUUUUUAGAUUCAUGUAAGAGCAGCAGUUGUAAGUAAUUUGAGUGGGUUUUGAUUUCACACAAGUCUGUGCUGUUUUGUUGCCAGCAGAUGCUACUUUUUCAUGUGAGAAGUCAUGAGUAGCUGGUGGUGCUUUUCAGGUGGGUUUUAUGGGCUGGGGAACCAAGGUGCAAAGUGUGCACUAUGUUUAGAUUCAUGCAAGAGCAGCAGUUGUAAGUUAUUUGAGUGCGUUUUGGGUGCACACAAGUCUGUGCUGUUUUGUUGCCAGCAGAUGCUACUUUUUCAUGUGAAAGAAGUCACGAGUAGCAAAGAGUCAUUUUUAUUUUUAUGUGUGCAAAUAAAUUCCUGUACAGUUGA